AUGAACUUAAAUGUGCGAGAGAUUGACUCGGAGACUCUCGAACAGAAAACAUGCCGCCAGUUCGAAGAAUCAUACUGUAUCCAACUCAUACUCAACAAGCUCAAGCGGAAAAUUGACCAGAAUGACAGAAGAUACGAAAAAUUUUAUUCGAAACUCCAAAAGAUCGUGGACUCUAACCGGACGCUUGCACUUGGAGAGAGUAUAGGUGACAGCCAAGAGUAUAAACUGCUCGGAAAAUCAAAGAUACAAGUGGGUGAUGAAGUUUUAGAGCUCUCUGACGAUGAUUCUGAUGAUGAAUCAGCGAAUACACAUCUUUCAACCAUAGAAAAUAUAGUAAAAAUUGCAAAUAUCGAUGCAGUUGAAUUAGCGGAUGAUAUUUAUAUCCCUCUGGACAAGUACAAUAAAUUGUACGAUCAUCAGAAAAAGGGUUUAAAAUGGCUAGUUGGUCUGCACAAACGCAACCAUGGAGGUAUCUUAGCAGAUGAUAUGGGAUUAGGAAAGACAGUUACGGUCUUGUCUUUGUUCAGUGCUUUGACCUUUUCAAGUCAUGGAAAAGAACCCAUGCGAAUUCUAGUAGUAUGUACUAUAACUCUAAUCAACCAAUGGAAGGAAGAAAUAUCAAGAUGGGUUCCAGAUAUUGAGUUUAGGGUAUUUCAUACGAGCCAUGGAUUGAUAAAUGAUAAGAAGAUAGACAGACAUACUAUAGUCAUCACAAGUUACGACACCCUCAGAAUAAACAUCGAGUAUUUUAACAUGUGCGAUUGGUCCUAUGUAGUGCUAGAUGAGGGACAAAAAAUAAGGAACCCUGAUUCUGCAAUAACGCUUGCUGUAAAAACACUGGGAACCCCUCAUAGGUUAUUGAUGAGUGGAUCCCCUAUUCAGAAUAAUCUUGUAGAAUUCUGGUCUCUGUUGGAUUUUGUAGCUCCAGGGCACUUGGGUACGCUUCCAUUAUUCAUUGAACAAUUUGUGGAUCCAAUUACACAGUCACAGGAUAAAUCAAAUUCGUCAGUCGCAUAUAACUGUGCUAUCAGACUUAGGUCAUUAAUUGUACCUUUUAUACAAAGAAAUGUAAAGUCAAACUUUAUAAAAUCUAUAAAUCUUCCAAAAAAGAGUGAACAUGUUCUCCUCUGCAAUUUAACCGCUACACAACAUUAUAUUUACGUUAGGAUGUUAAGGACCCUAUCAAUUGAUGAGCUAUCCAGUAAACAGCGAAACGAAGAACUAUAUAGGAGAUAUAAAAAUCGAUACUUAAUGUUACUUUCCAUAUUGAGAAAAAUAUGUAAUCACCCGGAUCUAGUUCUUUCCGAGAGGCCAAAAGAUUUUGGAAAGGCGGAGAGAUCCGGAAAAUUGUCUGUAACUCUAGAAAUAGUGUCAAAAUGGGAGUCAGAAGGACACAAGAUGCUCCUAUUUUCUCAAACUAUACAAAUGCUAAAUAUAAUCCAAGCUGCAUUAGAGAGCAGGUAUACGGCCGAAAGGAUCUGUCGCAUGGAUGGUACGGUAUCGCUCAAAAAAAGGGAGAAGGUAUUGAGUGACUUUGAAAAUUGUGGUGAAAAGUUUAUCCUUCUUUUGACAACACGUGUCGGGGGGGUUGGUCUCAAUCUUACUUUUGCUGACAGAAUUCUUAUUUAUGAUCCGGAUUGGAAUCCAAUGACUGAUUCGCAGGCUAGAGAACGUUGUUACCGAAUUGGACAAACAAAGGAUGUUCUAAUAUAUAGACUAAUAACCGCACAUACAGUAGAGGAAAAAAUAUAUCAUAGGCAAAUUUACAAGUAUUACUUAUCAGAGCGCAUUUUAUCCGAUCCACGGGUUGUAAAUUUUAGGUUCCUUCCCUCGUCUGACCUUUUGCAGAUUCCACCAGAGCCUCCUUCUAAAGAUGGACUCUCCAGAAAAUAUUUAUCAAAAGUUAACAGGUUGCUCAAAAACAGAGAGUUCGAAUUGGAACUGAGACAACUUAAUAAUUCCAAGGACAUGUUUCAAAAUUAUGAGGAUGUGAAGGAGUCUGCCGACAAUCCGCUUCUUCAAUCAAUAUUUGAGCAUCACAAUGUCGAAGGCAUCAUCAAACACGACGAAAUUGAAAACACAAAACUUUCAAAAAUCGAGGAUACAUCUUCAAGGAUAGCAGAUAACGCCAUUAGGCUGUUAAAAAAGUCUUUAAAUGAACGCAGGGCAUAUGAUAUUUCCAUACCAACCUGGACUGGAAAGAGCGGAAUGGCUGCAGCUCCAGUUUUAGGAAGAUUUAGCCAAAAUUCUCAUCAUAUUCUCAACAAUUUGAAAAACAUGAAAAGAAAACUCACACUUUCGUCGCAAGGGGAAGAUGAAAUCGCACAAGAUAUUUUAGACUACUUUAAACAUCGCAAAAAUCAAUCUGCUCAAACCGGAGAAGUUAUUCAACAUUUUGGACCGAUAAUUCCCGAAUCGCAAUCUUCAAUCUUUAAAUUGCUACUUAAACGCAUAUGUAACCUUGUAAAGGUUGAAGGAGGACCAAACUACUGGAAGCUAAAAUCAGAGUUUGUUCUUAAUAAUGAAAAUGAUCGCACUAGUAAACCAAAACCGUCAGUGGUACAAGGUAUAUAA